AUGUUGUACGAGGUAUAUUCUCGUCAAAGUAUCAUUGAGAAUCUGCCAUUGAGAAUUAUCUGCAUCCAUCCUCAUGGCAAUCGGAUAUAUAUUGGAACGAGCGAAGGUUGUUUGCUCGUCUACCAAUUCGAUGAUGAACCAUCCUUUGUGAUAUCGCUACUCGAGUCUCGCAAAAACUUUACCAAACGGCCAAUUGAGCAACUGGCUGUCAUCUCCAAUAUUCUUAUACUACUCUCUGACGGUGUGAUAUCGCAGUACGAUGCCGUGACUCUAGCACCCAGAUCUACUUUAGAUGGUGCACGUGGAUCUCACUUAUUUGCUAUUACUACUACCGCAUCAACCAACGAUACACUACCUAAACACCAAUUGGUCGCAGGUCUAAAACGCAAACUAGUCUUGUUUGAAUGUAAGGUCGACGGAACCUGUCUCAGUGAAAUUUCCAAAGAAUGGACACUGCCUGAUAAACCAAGAAUGAUUGGCUGGCUUGAUUCAGAGAGACUCUUUGCAAUCAUCAACAAGAGUGUCUUGGUUGUCAAUAUCAUUACAAAUGAAAUUCGCCCUUUGAAUGAGGGCGCUGCAGCUAAGCUAGUCGCAUCGCGAAUGGCCCGACCAGGCGUGCUGCCAGCACCAAAUGGCAGAAGUCUCGUCACUCGUGAAAAAUGUACCAUGUUUGUCGAGUCUGACGGUCGUGUAUUGGGAGAACGAGAUAUAGAAUGGUCUGAAGCUCCCGAAUAUGUCGUUCUUUUGUCUCCAUACGUGAUUGGCCUGGUCAACUCGAACGUCGAAGUCAGAAGCUUGAGAACAAGAGCAGUUGUUCAAAGAUUGAACAUGCCUGGUGCCAAGAUAGUCGAGUCCAGUGAAAUGGUUUAUGUUGCCAGCACAAACAGUGUGUGGCGAUUGCUACCCAUCGAUUUCGACGAUCAGAUUGAGGUCCUGAUCUCUGCCAAAAAGUUUGAAGAAGCGCAAACUCUCAUAGAAGAGUUGGAUUUCCCGUCUCCAGAACACAAGAUUUCAAACAUUAUAAGGGUGAAGAGUUUGCUGGCUCAUCACAUGUUUACCGACCAAGCUCGAUACGAAGAAGCAGUAGCUUUGUUGCAGGGUGUAGAAGCGUCUCCUUUGGACGUCAUCAAUCUGUAUCCGGACAUUGCCCCAGUUGACCCAGAAAGUACGGAUCCGGUAACAACGUCUGACAAACGAGCCUUACUGGUGUUGAAAGAUUAUCUCACAAACCAACGGGGAUUGCUAGCAAAGCUAUGGCGCCAACAACAGCAGUUGCACCCCAAUAUAUAUCAAUCGCCAUUCAGCAACCAUAGUGGAAGCGCAACAAACUCACAAGGUCCUGGAUCUACUUGGUCGAGUCACAGUGGUGGUCCUGUCAAUGGAAAUGUUGAUAUCUCUAUGACCGACUUGUUAUACUUGUCUGAAUUGGUGGAUACUGCUUUACUGAAAGUCUGUCUGAAAGUAAACGAUGCUCUUGUUGGACCUCUCGUCAGAGUCGGGAAUCGAGUCAAUCUAGCUGAGGCAGAGACCUUGUUAGGAGAGCGAAAGAAGUACAAGGAGCUGCUAGAUUUGUAUCGCACCCGUGGCCUGCAUCGAAAAGCGCUGGAUCUACUCGUCAAGCAGCUUGAUGAGGCACAUCCUGACACAUCUGAUCAGCUCUUGAACUAUUUGAAACGACUAGGCUCUUCCGAAUUAGACCUUGUCUUGGAAUACUUACCAACGCUCAUACCCAAUCAUUCACAGUCCAUCUUGCGAAUGCUGACGGAUGUAGACGAGGAUUCUUUGCUAGGAGAGUUAGAAGCUGAUGCAAGACGGAAGGUGCUGGAUACGUUGGAUCAGUGCUCUCCUGAAACUGGUUUAGCGUAUCUGGAGCACCUGGUCCUGCAACUCAAUGAGCCGAGUCCCGAAUUACAUGAACGUCUCGCCAUGACCUACGUGGCACAGCAAUCUAGCGAACCAAAGUUGCUCAACUUUUUGGAGCAAUCAACCAUGUAUCGACCAAUGAAGCUAUUAGAAGCAUUUCCAAAGGAUUAUUUAUUUGCAGAGCGUGUGAUAUUGUACAGUAGGUUGGACUUGCAUGAUGAGGCGAUCAGAAUUUUCGUCUAUGAUUUGGAGCAGUAUCAUCUGGCAGAAAAAUAUUGUCGUCGCCACUAUGAUCCUCAACACCCUAUAACCAAAGACAUAUUCUCCAUCCUGUAUUCGCAUUACAUGACUUUGGUCGAUCAAGGCAAGAUAAAGAUGGAAGUAGUUUUAGGCUUUUUGUCUCGAUAUGGAAUGUAUCUUGAUGUUGUCAAGACCAUCAUGCUGACUAGUCCAGAGGUCAAGUUGUCUGAUAUGCUGGGAUUUGUACAAGGAGUUUGGCUGGAUUCGCAACGAAAGCGGCAUGAUGGUCAAGUUUUGCUCAACCUGUGUAAAUCCGACAAGGCCAAGAAAUCUCUGGAUACCAUUCGUUACCAAUCUCGACGAGUCACCAUCACGGAUGACAGAAUGUGUAGUCGUUGUCUGAAACGUAUAGGAAACUCGGCAUUUGGAGUUUAUCCAAAUUUAAAAAUUGCUCACGUAUAUUGUAUCUACUCAUCCUCAGAAAUGUACAUACAGCAUCCAUAA